CUUUAUAUUUAUUUAGCAAUUCAUUGUUUUUAGAUAUGAAGAUAACAUUAUUAGUAUUUAAUCAAAAUGAAUUCUCUUCACUUCAGAAUAUUGAACAAAAUAUUGCAAAGGAAUUUUUCCCAAGCUGUUCCUAGAGAUUUGACAUUCCAAUAUUUAGAAGGCCCCCAAAAAGGCAUCGCAGUAUGCGGUUUAAAUCGGCCCAGCGCUAAAAACGCCUUUAGCCGCAACCUACUGGAUGAAUUACACAAAACAAUUGACAAAAUAUCCUUUGAAAAUAAAGCAAGAGUUUUUGUGUUACGAAGCAUGGUACCAGGGGCUUUUUGUUCAGGCGCCGACUUAAAGGAGAGAGCGACAAUGACUCCACAGGAAGUGUCAAGCUUUGUAUCAAAUCUACGAUACAUGAUGACAAGACUCCACAACUUGCAGAUACCAAUUAUUGCUGCAAUUGAUGGCUUAGCAUUGGGAGGUGGCUUAGAAAUAGCACUAGCAUGUGACAUAAGAAUAGCAUCAGAAACCUCAAAAUUGGGCCUUGUUGAAACCAAACUAGCCAUCCUACCAGGUGCGGGAGGCACCCAAAGACUACCAAGAAUAAUAAAUCCAAGUCUGGCCAAAGAACUAAUCUUUACAGCUAGAAUAUUCGACGGAAAAUAUGCAAAAGAAAUAGGUAUUGUAAAUCAUGUAGUGCCUCAAAAUGAGACAGAAGAUGCGGCAUAUCAAAAAGCAAUUAGUAUUUCGGAAGAAAUACUCCCCAACGGCCCUGUAGCAGUAAAAAUGGCGAAAUUGGCUAUAAAUAAAGGUAUAGAAGUCGAUCUUCAUUCUGGUUUGUCAAUUGAAGAGUCUUGCUAUCAACAUGUCAUUCCAACAAAGGACCGAACUGAAGGUUUAAAUGCAUUUAAGGAGAAAAGAAGACCUGAAUAUGUUGGACAAUAAAAUAAUUUUGUACUAAAAAUAAAGUACCUAUUUUUUUAUGUAUG